GCAGUAUCUGCUGCCAUCGCCGGAAGAGCUCAUCUGUUGCUGCGCGCGCAGAGACAAGAGCAAGGUGAGGCCAAAGGCGAGCACGAAGAGCAUCAGGCACUGUCAGGCUUUUCCAGUCCGUGUCUACGAUGGCGGCGAUGGUGGUCCUGCUGUUGCUGGGGAUUCUCCAGCUUGCCGUUCCUGGACUUGCUCAAAGUCCGCCAUCUGGUACGGUAAGGGUCGAGAGCUUGACCUAUAGUGGCUCUGGCUGUCCGCCUGGAAGUGCAGAGGGCGCACUCUCCCCCGACGGAAUUGGGCUAACUGUACUUUUCGCCCAGUUCAAGGCGCUCACCCCAGGAAGUCCAGAUGACCCGGUGAAGAAAUGCCAACUGGCCGUCAAGCUGAUCUAUCCUACUGGGUUCACGUUUACCGUGGAGAGUGUGGCAUCAGUAGGGGGCGUCGUGUUCGAAGACGCCGUCAAGGGUUCACUGGAAGUCGGAUACUUCUUCCCAGAGUCAGGGACAGUCAGAACCUUGCGAGAGUUGCCGCCUCCCCCGGAAGGCGACUUUCACUUCGACGAUGGCUUUUCAACCUUAAUCUAUGCACCGUGUGGCAGUGAGUCGACCUCGCUCAAUGUCUAUUCCGAGGUAAAAGUAGUGCCUCCACGCCCGCCGAGCGAUAACAACGGCGGCUCGAUCGACAUCGACAACCAGAGUUUUACUCUGCGCUGGAAGCCGUGCUAAAGGGAAUACUCGUCUCUGGCGGCAAAUGCAGCGAGAUCCACUUGGCCUAACCUGAUUUAACCAGCCGUCAACAACAGCGGGGGGCGGUCGUUCGACAUCAGCAAGCUACUUGGAGAGAAGCAGACUGAGCGACCGGGAGGGGCUCAGCUUGGAGAUGAGUGGAUUAAUCUAUCGGUCCGCAGCUGCAUUGUAUUGUCCGGGGCGCGUCACUGAGCGUGGUCAGCAAAGAACUUGCGACAUCACCGACGCAGGCGAUCGGACGUGUGUGUGUACAACAGCACUUCGCUGAUGGAGCUCAAUAGGAAGCCUAGCCAGUUGUGGAACUGGUCACUCAACGAUCAUUAUAAUUAUAUAUAGAGUACGUAUUUAAUGUCUGGCAGGCGAGCGAGUUUCCGCGUCAUGUAAUUUCUAAACCUGGAAAAGAAUACGCUGGCAUCUAGGACUUCCGGUGCUGGGGAAGACCCCAAGCCGAGUGCGAGAACU